AUGGGGGCAGCAGCGGAGGUUGGGAGCUUCGCCAACGUAUUCCUGGACAGCUUUACUGGCUCCAUUGGCGCUGCUUCGGCUCCUGUUGGCUCUCAUUUGCUGCUCACCCCAGCCGGGGCCGUGGACUACAACUCGGUUACAGGACUCAUAAUGAUGGGGGGACACGGGGCAGGAGCACACGACCACCUGGCGUCCGCAGAGAGGCUGUCCCGCAGCCUGACGGACCUCAGUCAUCUAAAGGGGAUUUUGAGGCGGAGGCAACUGUACUGCAGGACGGGCUUUCACCUGGAAAUUCACCCUGACGGCACCGUGCAGGGGACAAGAAAGGACCACAGCAGAUUCGGUAUUCUGGAGUUCAUCAGUCUGGCUGUGGGGCUGGUCAGUAUCAGAGGAGUGGACAGUGGCCUCUACUUGGGCAUGAACAGCAAAGGGGAACUGUAUGGCUCGAUUACAGAGCUGUGCCGCUUCAUCUGCCCAGAUGAGCAGACGAGAGCCACAGUGCACCAGGAGGCGCAGCAGGGUAAUCCUGUGAUAGGGGUAAACAAGGGAAGACCUCAGACAGCAGAGUACCAGCAUACGACUGUCAUAGAGGAGGAGGCUGAACUUUAG